AUGAUCCGCCCCUCCACAAGUCACAGAGAAUGUCUGAGGCCUGAGGACCAAGAGACGGACAUGAGGCCUCACUGGGGACACACAUCCUCAGCACGUAUGUUGACCCAAGCACACGUCCCCAACCUGCCAUCCUCAGACGGUGCUGGCUCCACAUCACUGUCUCUGGAAGGAUGCUGUAGACACUGGAGCCAUUGUGACCUCAGGGUGAGGUCAGGGCACCAGAGAAGGGCCAGUGCCCAGGACAGAGCUAGCCCGUCGGUGAGGAUAGGGCUGGCCAUUGGGACCUGUGGGUCUCCUGCUCUGAGCCUCAACAUGGAUGGGCAGCAGUCUAACAGGUCACACAGCCGCAGCUCAACUGAUGGGACCUCCUCAGCCAUGUCCCACAACCCCAGAAUCCUCUCCCACGUUUCUGUUUCUACGAAGGAGUCUCUGUGCACCAAGGAACCUCAAGACUAUGCCUCCUUGGACAGACAGUCCCAUCCUGCCACCAUCAUGCUAUGCAGUUCCAAGAGCAGCCAGGCUUCCUUGGUGUCCAAGGAACACCAGCUGUUUAUGGAGGAGGCCUACAAUUCAGCCAUCUGCUUCAAGAUGCUCCAGGACAUAGCCACCUCAGACCCUCUCCAACUCAAGUACAUCACCAAGAAGCUGAAGAAGAUGGCUCAGAGGACCCCCAACCUGGUGAUGGAAACCAUCCAUGACUACUUCAAAGACAAUGCAGAGAUCUCCAGCCGGCACAGAUUCCGACUCUUCCAGGUCCUGCAGGCUGUCAUUGGAGCCCUUGAUGUCUUGGAGGAGAUAUGGCAGAGGAACUUCAUGCAGCUGGCCCUGGAGCACAUGACCAAGUCCACGGAACUAGAUGACAUAUACCAAGAUGCAGCCAGCAAUGUCUUACUGGCCCUCUGUCGGCAUUCGUGGCCAGCAGUGGCCAAGCACUUGGAAACGGAGCUCCUGACGGGGGUCUUCCCACACCGCAGUCUGUUGUUUGUGAUGGGCGUCCUGUCCUCUCAAGAGGAGCUUCUCAAGAAAGAAGACAGAGAGAGCUGGAAAGAGCUACUGUCCCAGAUGGCCAGAAAGUCGGUGCCGUUCCUGAACACAGAUGUGUGGUCCAAGGAAUUGCUGUGGAGCCUUACCAAGUCUAGCCGGACGCAGCAAGAGCACACCCCAGAGAAGGCCUUCCUGUUCACCUACUAUGGGCUAAUCCUUCAAGCUGAGGAGGACAGCAGCAACAUCAGGACACACCUCAAAACCCUCUUGGAAACAUCUCACCAGUGGCCUAAGCAAAGGGAGGGCAUUGCUCUCACAGUGGGACUGGUUGCAGUACGCCACUUGGAUGACGCCUGGGCCAUCCUAGAACAGUUUGGAAGGAGCACUCCCAUCAAGUGGAGCCUGCAGAACUUAUCUCUGAAGAGCCUCGAGGAUCUUCGGUGGAAAUGGGCUGGCAGCACCAUCCUCCUCUCCUACGGCCAGAUGGCAGCCAAGGCCAAGAGCCACAUCCUGCCGUGGGUGGACAACAUCUUGUCCAGGAUGAUCUUCUACUUCCGCUUCAGCUCCUGGGAUGAGACCCUGAAACAAAGCUUCCUUACGGCCAUCAUGAUGCUGGUGGGGGCCAUCAGCCGGAGUGAAGGUGCCCACAGCUACGAGUUCUCCCAGACUAGCGAGCUCCUGGAAUGCCUGACGACACUAAUGGAGAAAGAGCCGCAAGACACACUGCUCACCAGCAUCCGCCAGCAGGCCAUCCACAUUGUCGCCAGCCUUAGUGCCCUGAGGCCACCCAUGGAUGUGGACAAGAAGUCCCGGCUCCUCUCCGUCUGCUUCCGCAGCAUCUUUGCCCUGCCACUGCUGGAUGCCCUGGAGAAGCACAGCUGUCUCUUCCUGGAACCACCCAACAUCCAGGGAUUAUACAGCCAGACCAUGGAAGCGGUGGACCACAUGUUACAGUGUUUCAUGAUGCAGAACCCCACCGUCAAUGAGCUGUACUUCCUGUUGUCGCACCUGUAUGUCUGGCUGGCAUCGGAGAAGGCUCAUGAGAGACAGCGGGCUGUGCACAGAUGCAUGAUACUCUUCAAAUUCCUGCACUGUAAACGCUGCCUCGAAACCAAGGAGAACUUCAGGAGGAUGGGGCAGCUGGUGGCCAUGCUGGGGAUCCUGUGCCAGGACUCGGACAGGACCAUCCAGUGCUUGAGUCUAGAAGCUAUGGGCCAUCUCUAUCAGCUUCUGAUGCAGCAGAAAGCAGAAGUUCCAGAGAUGGAGAGGGAGACCCGUCAGGAACUCGCUCUGCCUGAUGCACCUGGAGCUGCCUUCUGGAGCAGUGGAGACCAGAGGGGCGCUCUUCUGAUCCCCCAGGAUAUGGCAUCCAAAAAUGACAGCAUCUUCUUCAUGAGCAGCAACCAGGCUACCAAGGAGAUCAUGAGUCAUCUUGCAAUGACAGAGCUGACGGACCUCAUCUGGACAGCCAUCGAUGGCUUGGGCUCUACCAGCUCUUCCUGGGUGCAGGCGGCUGCUGAUUUGCUUUCCCUUGCCAUCCAGGAGCAUGGAGACAACCUGGCAACUGUUGGUAAAAUGGGCCAGGCCAUCCACCACCACCUCUGUGCCAUCCAAAUGCCCCAAGCCAAGGAGAGUGCCCUGCAUGUCAUCACCUUACUGGCCCGGAACCACAUCCCUGAGCUGGUGGCUGCCUUCCUAGACUUUUCCACUCCCCUGGACAGCCAUUCCUUUCGCCUGUGGAGGGCCCUGGGAGCUGAAGAGCCUGCCAGCCAUUUGGUUCUGACUGUGCUGAUGGCGUGGAUGCAGAAGAGGCCUCUGCCUUCCAGUGCCAGCGACAGCAGUGCCUGUCCCGUGGAGAAGCCUCAUUUGCGCUCAUUGGCCGCCAUGAACACAAUUCACGAGCUACAGUUCGCGAGAGAAUUCAAGAAAGCCGUGCGGGACACCUUUCCCCAGCUGUUCCUGGCCCUCCUGGCCCAGAUGCACUAUAUCAUGGAGCUGAACCAACCCACAGAACCUGAGCAGGAGCAGAAAGCCCAGGAGUCAGCCAUGCCAAGCCCCCAGAGCACAUCACUGGAGGCACUGAAGAGUCUGCUGUCCACCACGGGACACUGGCAUGACUUUGCUCACCUGGAACUGCAGAGUGCCUGGGAACACUUCACCUCUAUCCACACCUACCCACAGGCUGUGGGCCUCCUUGCCAGGGCCAUGGUGCAGAAUCACUGCAAAGAGAUCAAGGCCAUUGUCAGCUACCUGUUGCCCAGCCUGCAGAGCCAGCAGGAGCGAGAAAGGAAGACAGCCAUCUUGGUCCUCAUUGAGUUCCUCUACAGCCCUGCCCUGUUGGAGGUGCUUUCUAAACAGGCCGCCCUGACUGUACUGGCUCAAAGCCUCCAGGACACCUGCUCUGAGAUCCGUGUGGCCAGCCUGCAGGGCCUUGGAAACAUCCUCUUCCACACGGAGAAGGGAACCCUGCUCAGAGGUCAACUGCCAGCCUUCCUCAAUGGCUUCUUCCAGAACAAUGAGGCAGUGGUUGUAGGCAUUAUGGGCUUGGUAUCGGAUAUACUGCACCGCCUGGGGACAGAGGGCGCAGGCGCCCAGAGUCUCAGCAUCGCCAUCAACGCCCGCUACUUCUUUGAUGACGAGCGGGACAAUAUUCGAGCAGCAGCCAUGGCACUGUUUGGGGACCUGGUGGCGACGAUGACCGACAGAGAGCUGACUGGCCUGCGGUCCCAGGUGUGCCAGAGCAUGGUACCUCUGCUCCUCUACCUGAAGGACCAGUGCCCAGCCGUUGUCACGCAGGCCAAGUUCGCUUUCUACCGCUGUGCCGUCCUGCUCCGCUGGCAGCCGCGGCACACCCUGUUCUGCACACUGGCCUGGGAGACCGGCCUCAGUGCCCGCCACUUCCUCUGGACCUGCCUGAUGACCCACAGCGAGAAGGAGUUCAGCAUCCACUUGUCCCAGGCCAUCAACUACCUGCACAGCCAUCACCGCCACAUCAAGACCUGGGCAGCUCUCUUUAUAGGGUACACCACCUGCUACCAACCCCAGGCCGUGACACAGAUGGUGAAUGACAUGGAUACCAAGCUGCUGUUCUCCACUUUUAAAGAUCUCAAAAAAGACCCAGAACCUGCCAUCCGGGAAUUUGCCACCAGACAGCUCGAGUUCCUUCGGGAGGUGUCAGCCAGAUCCAAGAAGUGACUUCGAGCCAUCCCCCCCCCAUCUCUACCCCCAGAACAGCCCUGCCCCAACCCUCUCCACAGAGCUUGGUUGUGUAGCAUUUUUCCAUUUGAAAGAAAA